GUUGCUGGCAGAUACCUCUGUAAGCAACCAAGAGUUGGCGAGUGUGACGGUACGGCAGUCUCCGGUGGUCAUCAUCAGAGCAAGUUACCAUUCCGCUGUAUCCCAUACACUACAAGAGAUGACAUGCAACCUUACUGUCAAAAAUGAGGUUGAGUCGCAACUUGUGGAUGCCAUAUCGACCCUGGCACAAGUAAUUCACCAGGUCGUCACGGUCCACAAUAUUUCAAGACAUUCCCAGAGGCCGUCUUGCAGGACGGGCAGAUGGCCUGGUGUUGAUUUAUUCGAGGAAGCCAUCAAGAGGGUCAAAGUCGAGGGCAUAACGGGAAAUAUCUCCUUUGAUAACUCCACGAACCGACGAUGGGGCCACGGCCAAGAAAUGUUCGACCUAGAGAGUUCCAUAACAGAUGGCGCGAACAAGACAGUUUAUGAACGAGUAGGAACAUGGAGCAAGGAGAAGGGUAUCAAUGUCAAUGAUACCUUGUUCCUCAACGAGUUUAAACAUUUCAAGAAUAGGACACUAAUAGUUGCGACACUGCCGGAUCCACCCUUCAUGAUCAUGAACGCAUCUACAGCGAAGGACGAUCUAGUUUUUACUGGUUUCUUAGCAGACAUUCUUCACGAACUCUCAAAGCGGUUAAACUUCAGUGUUAGAUAUGUGUUGCCCGCAGACAAACAAUAUGGGUCACUGAAUUCGGAUGGAUCGUGGACUGGAAUGGUCGGAAUGGUCGUCCGAGGGGAAGCGGAUAUAGCUGUGUCGCCUCUCACCGCGACGGCAGUUCGAGCAACAGCUAUCGACUUCACCAUCCCCUUCAUGCAAGACGGCCUCGGCAUCAUGACCAAGAAAAAAAACACUCAGGACAAAAUGUUCCGGCUUUUCAAACCGUUCUCGCCGACUGUUUGGAUACUCAUUGCAGUAUCUAUUGUUGUUGUUGGUGUUUUCCAAUGGUUAGUGAACCGGUCAACCCCCGAGGGUGCACAGAGAAGACAUGAAGCCGUCCAAGGAGAUGAGUUAAGCCUCACUGAGAACACAUGGAUGAUUUUUGGUAACUUCUUGGGCCAAGCGUCUGUUACCUGGUACCCAGUAUCAAGUUCGGGGAGAACCCUCUUCAACCUCGCCUCCUUCUUCAGUAUCAUGGUGAUGUCCUUCUACACGUCAGAUCUCAUCGCCUACCUCGCCGUACCCUCGAAACCGGACUAUAUCAGAAAUUUACGCGACCUCACAUCCCAGACAGAAAUUCGUCCGUUUGUUACCUAUGGAACCAGUACUUAUGAUCUAUUCAAGGAAUCGGAUCCAAAGUCUACUUACGGUAAAGUCUACUCGAUGAUGGAGGGGAUGCCACGAAGACCUAUGGCCUGGGGAGAACGGUUAAAGCUAAUGAACGAAGGGAAAUGGGCGUGGAUUGGUGACAAGGCUUUCUUCGAAUACCUCGCCAAUACAAAUUGUGACAAGUUUACUGUUGGGGAUCAGCAAUUCUUCACGGCGGGAUAUGGAUUUGCUCUUCCGAAGAAUUCGCUAUUCGGCGAGGCGAUUAACAAAAUCAUAAGCCAAAUUCAACAGGCAGGCUUCAUAGUCAACUGGAAGAAGAAAUGGUGGGAGGGAGGAAGAUGCGCAGCAGGUAAAGACGGAAGGACUAUCAAGCCGUUGGAUCUAGCAUCCGUAUCUGGGGCCUUUAUUGUUGUUGCCUGUGCGAUUGCUGUCGGGGCUUUGGUCCUCGUUGGUGAAUUAUUGUACAAUCGCUUUAACAGGAAUAAGUCAGAGAGCUACGAAUUUCGUGAAAGGGGGACGAACGCGGAAACAACUGGCAGUGUCGAGGAGAGGCCUCAGCAAUCGAAUGCUGCCCGAAGUUAAAGAGACGGCGCUGGAUUCACCGCGUGACUGUCAUUGGAGAUGCGAUUACAAGAAAAGAAGUAAAGUAGGGCAUGGAAGGAAAAUAAUUCGCUCUCUCGAGAGUUGGCAGGGAGCGACCAAUCUUGUCCACAAUUAACACUAUGAUGUGUCGAGUUUUAAAUAACACGACACCCCACUCAGCCGUUAGAUUUUAAACAGUCCCGCAGUCAAAAUUGGCCGUCUUGCUGGUCACAUUGGUAGAAGCAAGUUCACCGUGAGAACCGGUUCCGUGGCUGAGCUACAGCGGCACCCAUCUGUUGGAUGAUUUUUUGUCGGAACAACUUCAAUACAGCGAACAUUUGGCCAGAACAUCACUGGAAAUAGAACGAACUGCUGACGCAGCCAGUGUUU